CGACCAAAAUAACGGGGAAGCAAGAGAGAGAAACCAAAGACUCGAAACUAGCUCGAGCUCUGCUCUUUUGUCUUUUCCCUUUCCUAUUCUAAUUUUUGGCGGAUUAUUUUCCUCUUUCUGGAUUUGAUAUAAUAAAACCACAGCACUCAAUUUUCUCAAACCCUAAUUGCUUGCUGCAGCUUGGAGAUGAAAUCAUUUGCUUUUUUGUUGGAUUGAUCACGUUGGAUGCUGAGGAUUGUACGAUGGAGGAAGGUGAAUUGAAGCGCGUAUGGUCAUCUACAGAUGCUGAGGAUGAUGAUACGUACCACAAGCGUCCCAAACUUGAGUGCCCAGCGUCUGCUUCUUCUGAUUCGUCGUCCAUGGAGGAGAGAACUGUUGCAUCUUCUUCUCGGACACAUAUGUUCUGCCACAAUUUCAUCUUGAAUCAUGGUCGGAAAGAUGAUGAUUCUCAAGUUCGUUUUGAUUUGACUGAUGACGUCUUACAUGUGGUGUUCUCGUUCUUGAAACACGUCGACCUCUGUCGCUCUGCUAUGGUAUGUCGUCAGUGGAGAGUUGCCAGUGCUCAUGAGGAUUUUUGGAGGGUCUUGACAUUUAAAAAUAUGAGUAUUUCUAUCGACCAGUUUGAAAACAUGUGUCGUCGCUAUCCCAAUGCCACUAGAGUGAAUGUUUAUGGCGUUCCUGCUGUUAACGCCCUGGCUAUGAAAGCAGCUACCAGUUUCAGGAAUCUGGAGAUCUUAACUAUUGGAAACGGUCAGAUCAGUGAAAACUUUUUCCAGAUAUUGGGGGAGUGUAACAGCUUGAGGAGCGUGACCAUAAGUGACGCUAUUUUGGGAAGUGUUCCUCAGGAAAUACACCUGAGCCAUGAUCGGCUACAUAAACUUAAAAUUAGAAAAUGCAGCGCUCUGCGUUUGUCUAUCAGGUGUCCGCAGCUCCGGUCUUUAUCAUUAAAAAGAAGCGACAUGGUACUGGCGAUGCUUAACUGUCCACUCCUCCAACAUCUUGACAUAGCCUCGUGCCAUAAGCUCCAAGAUGCUGAUAUCCGGUCAGCUGUCACUUCGUGUCCUCAACUAGAGUCGCUCGAUGUUUCUAACUCUUCCUGUCUCGGUAAUGAAACUUUGCGUGAAAUAGCCCAGGCUUGUGCUGCUCUCCAUAUUCUUAAUGCUUCACACUGCUCCAAUAUAUCUUUUGAGUCAGUACAUCUCCCCAUGUUGACAGUUCUCAAGCUUCGUAGCUGUGAGCGUAUAACAUCCGCGUCUAUGACUUGGAUUGCUAACAGUCCUGCGCUGGAGGUUUUGGAGCUUGAUAAUUGCAAUAUGUUCACAUCUGUCGCGUUGCAUCUCUCCUGCUUGCAGAGUUUAAUCCUACUAAAUUGCCGCAAAUUCGUAGAGCUGAACUUGCAAAGCACCAUGCUUUCAUCAAUCACUGUUGCAAACUGUCUAGCUCUUCGCCGAGUCACAAUCACUUCCAACGCCCUACGAAGGUUAGCUCUCAAGAAACAGGAGAAUUUGACAGCAUUAGUUCUGCAGUGCCAGUCCUUGCAAGAAAUGGAUCUCUCUGGUUGUAAAUCACUGUCCAACACUGUAUGUGAAUCAUUUAGUGAUGUUGGUGGAUGCCCAUUGCUGAAGUCAUUGAUUCUUGACAACUGUGAGAGCUUAACAGAAGUGAGAUUCUGCAACUCGUCGUUGUCUAGUCUGUCCCUUGUUGGUUGUCGUGCUGUUACUUCUCUUGCGUUGAAGUGCCCUCGCUUAGAGCAGAUCUGUUUGGAUGGAUGUGAUAAUCUUGAAACUGCAUUCUUCAAGCCUGUUGCACUUCGGUCUCUAAAUCUAGGAAUAUGCCCAAAACUGAGUGUGCUCAGUAUCGAAGCGCCUUAUAUGGUGUCCCUUGACUUGAAAUGUUUCGGUGGACUGUCUGAAUCAUCCAUCAUUUGUCCUUUAUUAACAUCUUUAGAUGCGUCUUUCUGCGGUCAACUGAGGGAUGACUGUCUGCCUGCAAUCACUGCUUCUUGUCCACUAAUCGAGUCACUGGUGCUAAUGUCGUGCUCUUCUAUUGGCUCUGUUGGCUUUUCUUCCUUGAAAGGCCUCCAGAAUUUGUCUGUUCUUGAUUUGUCGUAUACUUGCUUGAUGAAUCUGGAGCCCAUCUUCAAGUCAUGUAUUCAACUGAAGGUACUCAAACUACAAGCCUGCAAAGAUCUUACUGACUCAUCAUUGGAGCCUCUAUACAAAGAAGGUGCAUUACCCGCACUUGAAGAGUUGGACCUGUCUUAUGGAACUCUCUGUCAGACUACUAUAGAUGAUCUACUUGCCUGCUGCACACACUUGACCCAUUUGAGCUUGAACGGCUGUGUUAACAUGCAUGACCUUGAACAUGAUUGGGGUUCUGGUGAGAGUAAUCAAGAACCAGCUGAAACAAGUACCAACCGGUUGCUACAAAACCUCAGCUGUGUGGGAUGCCCCAAUAUCAGAAAAGUAUUGAUACCGCCUGCAGCUCGGUUUAAUCAUUUAUCAUCACUGAACCUUUCGCUAUGUGUCAAUUUAAAGGAGGUUGAUCUCGCUUGUUCCAACCUGGUCUUACUUAAUCUAAGCAACUGUUGCUCUCUGGAAGUACUGAAGCUUGGCUGUCCAAGAUUGUCUACUCUCUUUCUUCAGUCUUGUAAAAUGGAUGAAGCAAGAGUUGAAGCAGCUAUAUCAGGAUGCGGCUCAUUAGAGACACUGGAUCUCCGUUUCUGUCCAAAGAUAUCCUCGGUGAGCAUGGUGAGGCUCCAAACAGUGUGCCCUAGUUUGAAGCGCGUCUUUAGCAGUCCUAAUCUUUUGCAAGACCAGGGUUUUGCAUCGAAUGUUUUAUUAUAUACAACUCUCUCUAGAUUAUACUGAAUGCUAUAUGAUGUGUUGUGUGGUGUUUGAGAUGUAACUAAUGGGUCCAAGUCUCGAGUUUCAGUAGUGCUUAUAGGCCUUGUAUUGUGGCUUUCUUAGGCUGCUUUUGUGAUGACACAAACUUUCGUGUGUUUUUGCUUGAUUAGGCCAUUUUCAAUCCAACGGUAAGACUUUAUUUUAUGUAAUUUUUAUACAAGAGUUUGUCUAAUCCAACGCUAAUAGAGAAGAGAAGCGAAAAAAAGAAAAGUCUGAAUCCUAUUUUUUUUCUUUUUCUUUUUGAAAUACCUUAUUUUUAUUUUUUAAGCAAAUAUAUAAUUCAAAAGUGAUAAGGAUAAAGCUAAGCGAUGGAACAAUGAGAGUGACUAAUUGGAUUUGGUCUAGUUUGAAGGGUAAGUUGUAGAAUCAACACAAGAAAAGUGCUCUCCAAGGACAAUGCGAUUCAUUGCGUAAUUGUAAAGUGAAAUUAUGUCUCUAGGAGUAAAUUUUUCGAAACGAAACAUUUUUCGGGUGAGUUCGAAUAAUAUCGGGUCGGAUCAUGAUCACGUGUUUUUCUAAAACCCGAAAUGAAACCGAACUAAAAGCAGUUUGGAUUUGGUUCAAGUUUAAAACUAAAAAAUCUUGAAUGCUCCAGAUAAACUCCAAAUAAACAAAAAAAAAUAUUCGAGUAAUUCAGAUUUUCGAUUUGUAAAUUAAAUGUUUUAUAUAUAUGUAUUUAUUUUAGUAUUAAAAUAACUAAUAUUUAAUUGUACUUGGGAUAUUUUUACCUGUUCCGCUUGGAUUUUUCGGGUUCAAAAAAAAAGUAAAAACCAUUGUUUUUGUAAACUUUGUCCGGUUUUGGUUUUUUGUUUUUUUUUUUUGGUUCUGUUCCAAUUAAGUUUUUGGGUUUAUGAUAAUAUUCCCAAGACUUAGAGAGGCUAUAAGUCAAAGUGGUCGUUGAUCAGAUCCCGAAGAGGAAAAUAAUCCGCCAAAAUUGUAAAGGGAAAGACAAAACUGCAGAGCUCGUUCCGAGUCUUUGGUUCUUUGCUUCCCCAUUAGUUUGGUAAGGAGCAGGUUCGAGCGCCGGUGUGGAGAUGACGACUCGACGGCGAACAGAACUCGUGGUGUGGAAGAGGAAGAUGGCACCAGUUGUUUAGUUAGAGUUAGAUAGGUCUCGGACAGGAGAUUACACAGCGUUGGACCGUUUCACAGUGGGUAAGAUUUUUGUGGCCAUUUUUGGCCAAAAAAUCGGGUUCUUAGAUUUUUUUUGGAUUGUGCUUAAAAUUGAAUGUGAUUGGAUAGAUCUAUCAAUUUAAUUCAAAAACAACAUGAAAACGUGAUAUUUUGAUGUA